GGGGAGAGGACUACCGGGAGGAGCCGGCCGAAGUUGCUCGUCCCGGGACGGGCCAGCUUGGAAGCCCCUCCGCCCGCAGCAAGGGCAGCUCCUCCGCCGCCGCUCCGCUUGGACACUGCCUGUGGCAUGGAGUUGGAGAGCAGCGAUCAAGCUGUGGUUAUGAGAGAUGACAACAAGCGACGCCGGAGGAGGAGGAUGAAGCCAUACUGUACUGCCAACACUCUGUCGUCGACGGAACUCAUCUCCAUUGAGUUUGUUUUCCCCACGACCAGCAUCGUACUCGACAUCCCUACCAACUGCACGGUGGAGCAGAUGAAAGGCCAGGUCUGGAUGCGGGCAGUGGAAGGCCACCAGACCUCCGACCUGUUCCGCAAGAUCACGCCGGAUCAAUUUCUCCUCCUGUAUCAGAAGAAGGGCCAGUGGUACGAAAUCUACGACAAGCACCAGAUCAUGCAGACCCUGGAUUGUAUCUUAUAUUGGAAAGUCUUGCAGAAGAAAGUGGGCAAGAUCCAUGUGGUUGAGAAGCCCAACCUUUCCGAGGAAGUGCAAGAGUUCCAAAACCAGCUCAAUUAUCUGAUCGGCUAUGACGUCACCGACGUGAGCAACGUGCACGACGACGAACUCGAGUUUGCCCGCCGUAGGCUGCUCACCCCGCGGACAAUUGAAGUCUCCUGUCGGGAUCCAAAAUUGUACUCCAUGCCCGUUUGGACUACAUCUAAACCCCUCCCGGAGUAUUUGCUGAGCAAAAUUGUCCACAAUAAUAUUUUUCUCAACAUCCACAGAGGAACCACCAGCCAGAAGAUCAAAGUGGCGGUGGACGAUACGCCAGACGUCAUCCUCCAGAGCUUCUUCACGAAAAUGGCGAAGAAGAAGUCUUUGAUGAACAUCCCCGAAGACCACAGCGAGCAGGAUUUUGUCCUGCGAGUGAGUGGCAGAGAUGAGUACAUUGUCGGCGAGACACCCAUCAAGAACUUCCACUGGAUAAGACAGUGUCUGAAAAAGGGGGAUGAAAUCCAUCUGGUCCUAGAUGAACCACCGGACCCGAACCAGGAUGAAGUUCAGAAAGAAGAAUGGCCAUUGGUGGACGAUUGCACCGGAGUUUCGGGAUAUCACGAGCAGCUCACCAUCCAUGGGAAAGACCAUGAAAGGGUGUUCACCAUAUCGUUGUGGGAUUGCAACCGUAAGUUCAGGAUCAAGAUCAUCGGCAUGGAUAUCCCCGUAUUACCGAGAAACACGGACCUUACGGUUUUCGUGGAGGCUAACAUUCAGCACAGCCAACAGCUCCUUUCCCAGCGGAGAACAACCGCUAAGCCGUUCACCGAAGAGGUUCUGUGGAACGUUUGGCUUGAGUUUGACAUCAAGAUCAAGGACCUUCCAAAAGGAGCGUUGCUCACCCUGCAGAUACAUUGCGGCAAAACUCCCGCACCGUCCGCCAAGGGUAACCUCCACCCGCACGACUCGCCCUCGUCCGACCCUAAAUACAAAACUCAGCUUCUCUACUACGUCAACCUUUUGCUGAUAGACCACCGCUCCCUGCUCAGAACGGGGGACUACGUCCUUCACAUGUGGAAAAUCCCGGGCAAGGGGGAAGAGCAAGGAAGCAUCAACGCGGAUAAGCUAACCUCGGCCACCAAUCCGGAUAAAGAGAAUUCAAUGGCUAUUUCGAUCGUGUUGGACAAGUACUGUCACCCCAUCGCCCUCCCGAAGCACAAGAUACCGUCGGAUCCUCAGGGGGACAGGGCCAGAGUUGAAAUGCCAAACCAGCUGCGGAAACAGCUGGAGGAGAUCAUAGCUACCGAUCUGCUCAACCCACUCACCCCCGAAGACAAGGAAUUACUGUGGCACUUCAGGUACGAAAGCAUCAAGCACCCCAAAGCGUACCCCAAGUUGCUUAGCUCGGUGAAAUGGGGACAGCAGGAACUAGUCGCCGAGACUUACCAACUGCUCGCGAAAAGAGAGGCCUGGGACCUGAGCACUCUGGAUGUCGGCUUGCCCAUCCAGCUUCUGGAUUGCAACUUUUCGGAUGAAACCGUGAGAACGAUGGCGGUGCAGAAGUUGGAAGGCUUAGAAGAUGACGAUGUUCUCCACUACCUCUUGCAGCUGGUGCAGGUGUGUGCCGGGGGCGCUCGCUUGCUGGAAAUCUUGUCUUCGGACUCCGAAGGUUUUCCUCGCCGAGCUGCCGUCGGGGUCUUCAUUGACUGGCUGAAGGAAGGGCACCCCGAGGCCUCGCCGGACCCGGCCGAGUUCGUUUCCCGAGCUCUUCAAGCUGCGGAUGGAGACUUAGACUGGGAAGUCAAAAUCCGCGCUCUGGAACUGGCGGGAGUUUUCAUCGGCCAGACGUUUGACGGGCUCGGACUCGGGGAGGGCUCCGCUUCGGCCGGUUCGUCGCUUGCCAAGACGCCGGCGCCUCUCGCCGACGCGCUGCGGCUCUUCUGCCAAAUGGAACUGUUUGGCUUCCUUUUCAGAGGCCUCCAGGACUGCGACAGGCCGGUGGCGCUCAAAGCCUGCGAGGUUCUUUUGGCCCUGAAAUCCGUUCUUUGCAAACACCGGUCGAAAUCGUCACCGGCAGGAGAUGCUGCUGGGCUUAAGGACAUCCCUAUGGAGACUCCUCCUCCUCCUCCUCCUCUGAGCCUUCCUGCUGGGGAGGCCGCUGAAAAGGAUUGCCAGGAUCCGGAAAGGCUGCUGCUGAUCCUAGAGUCCACGGACCUGGAGGGUUUGCGAAAGGCUCUGGAUGUGAGCAGCGAUCACUUGGAGAGGAAUCCGGAGUCUCUCCUGCAGGAUAUCCUGGCUGCCGCAGGGAACGCGGAGGAAAACAAACUAACUAGAAAGUCUACAGUCAGCAGGUGGUUUCUAAGAAGGCAUCCCGAAAGUCAGUUUGGACAAUGGGUCUUCUUGGUUGGGUAUUCCAAUUUUCGAGACAAGAUUUCUUCUCUGGUGGGCAGGAGGGAAGAGAGGAAAGCUGGAAAGGAACAUGGCGAAACAGGAGUGCAAGCCAUAACCAGCUCUAACCAUCUUGUGAAUUUUGUGGGCAAAAUUUUGUGGACAAAGUUAGACUCUGCCAAAUGGGUUGAGAUUGUGUCACAUCCUAGUGCAGUGAUGACGAGCCUUUUAGACACCGAGUGCCCAAACUGUGCGUGUGCAUGCCCAAACUGAAAGAUGCGUGUGUGCACCCAAAUGCACGCAUGCACGGCGGGUGAGAGGCGGGGCAUCCCAUCACCGGCAGCGCAGCAAGAGAUAAGAUCUUUUUCUUUCGUGAGCUUCUGUUUUAUCGUUUGCAGGGAAACAGAAGGUCACGAAAGAAACGCCACGGAGAUCUGACCUGGGGCUCUGCGUGCCACCUCUGCGCGCCAUCGUGGACUUAGUGGUUGGCAGGCACACCACCAGGCAGGGCCCCGUGUCCUCCCUCAGAAGCCAACAGUCACGCUAUGCCUUUUCACUGACAAGUUAUCUGACUCACGCAACCAUUCAGCACAAAUAGAAGAGGAUUUAAUUUAGGACUUUCAGCCUCAA